AUGGAUCAGGAUGAUAGGAGACCAAGAAUGACAGGCAGCCCACAAUCCAUCAAAUCGCAGACCGGAUACAGUCCGAGUUACGAGAGCAACCGCACUGUUCAAGAUGAUAUACCUGUGAGUCAACUGCAAUUCUGCACCCAGGUGUAUAGUGCGGCACCGCGAGAUGGGCAGUAUGCGACAACUGCCGCGGUGGCUAGCGACAACACCAACGCUGCUCUUUUGGCACUGUUGCAAGGUCACAAACAAGUCGAGAAGAACAAUUCCCCAUCGAACGGCACCGACCCUUCUGACCAAACUCUUGCUGCUGCGGCACCUUCACAGGCUUCGUCGGUGUUAGUGGAAAAUCCUGAAGUACUGGUCCCAGUCGCAUCCGAGCCUUCAUCGCAAGCCAGGUUACCGGUCAUAUCUGCACCUCGACCAGGUCCUUCAACACGUCUGACAGAAGAUGGAGGAGGAAAACAUGAUAAUGAGCAUGAAGUGACCGAAGAUUACGGCGGUACACGAAAGACCCCUAGAAAGCCAAAACAAUUGCCGGUGCCGCAACAAUCCACUUCUCACACUCAAACUCGACGUCCUAUAUUUUUAACUGCCCCCGCUAAACCACUGCCGGCUUUCCAGCGGUGGCGUGAGAAACUACAAGGAGGACGAUAUAUCCCAAGAUACUUACAGAUCAUUCCCAAGGACCAGGAGCAAUUGUUGACGUCCAGCGACAGCUGGCAGCCACCUCUUGUUGGCCGCCCCAGUAGACUGGGGCAGGUUCCUCUGCCGCUUUUGGAACGCAUGACCCGUGCGGCUAAGAAGCCUGCUGAAGUCGAUGUCUCCCGCGAUGCUUCUCCCGGGUCAACUUCGGCAGAGGAGCGACCCACGGCCGACAAGGCUGCGAACAAGGAUGGCCUAUCUGAAAGUGAAGAAGAAAAAGAAGCAGAAGACCUCAGCCAAGUGUCAUCAGAAGCGUGGCCUCCAAGCCCUCCUACCCAAGACCGUAGGAUGCAAUUGCCCCCGAACAGUCCUCCGCUGCUUCUCCACCCACCGAACCCAGCCUUGAAUCAUUCAAAUCAUUGCUCCCAGGAGGGGGACGUGAUACAAACACUCCAGGAACCAUUGUCGGGGUCUCCACCUAGAGCAGUACGUACGCAGAAAGACUCGCCGGAUCUUGCGUUUGGGCCCGAUGCUCAGGGUGGUGCUCUUGCCGAGGCUCCAGGGCUGGAAGUGGUAGAUACAACCUCGCAGAGUCACCACGGACGACCGUCCACACGCCCAGCCACGAAAGUUGAGAAGGAGGAAAUUGAUGCAGAAGGAAAUGCCGCUCAUUCUGUCUUUUCGACAGACCCUGAACCAACCCACCGUCAGAAGGACGUGCAGGUUGAGCGAACACCCUAUUUCGGAAAAGAUACCAAUCAGCAACAGUUCCGGCGUGGAAUACUACCAAGCGGAUCACAGGAAGCAACAGUGAGGGAGGCCCCACCGGUAUGGUCAGGCUGUGUUCCUGCAACUAUCCCCGAAACCGGACUGCCUGGUAAAUCGAUUCCAAGGGAAGUUAUUGAUACCAUUGCUAUGAGCCAGGAGCACAUGCAGACGCCGAACACAACAAUUGCCCGGGAUGGAGGUGGUGAAACGGGCAGCGAGCAACAAGAUGUUGCAGCAGGGCCAGGUCCGCCCACGAACGGUUACGGCGCGUUGCAAUCGAUGGGGGCGGAUGCGGGCAGCGCACGACUGGAAGAACCAACAUGCUCAGAUGACCGCGUGAAUGAUUCAGAAGAGCCCUCGGUUCAAAACCAUCCAGAUCAGCUAUUUGGAAACAUACUACCACAUGACAGCACUUCUAUUCCGGCAGCCGGGGGCUCUGAAGGUCUCGGACCUACUGCGCAUUCGAGGAGCUUGGACGUGCAUCGACUCAAUACGGGGUCCCCAAGAUCUAGCCACCAAGCCACUCCCUCAGAGCCAGUACCCGACAUCAGCUCACGAACGUUGGGCAACGAGAUGCAGACUCGGACCACAAGGAAAAGAGCGAACGACCAAGACAUGGGCGGCCCCAGCAAAAGAUGGCAGACUGAUAAGACAGUUUUGGAUCACAGUGUAUCGGACAAGGACUACUCGCAGCUGGUCCAGGGGCUCAGAGCAUAUCGUCGAGACACUUUGUCGCCGUUGAGCAAGCCGAGAGUCUCUACAGGCCCUGCGGCGACAUCUUCGCCGAAGGACGUUGGAACUGCCGAUAUUGAGCCACAUGAAAUAUCAAACUCCGUCAAAGAGCGCCAUGUGACACCAAUGUCGGCAGCGGCGUCACAAGCAUCGCAAAAAUCAGCAUCAACGCCAAUCACUCAUGUGUCCACAUAUGAUGACGAGAAGGCGGAGGAGAGAUCUCGGCCCCACAGCCCUCGUCAAUUGGAAGCUGUUCCUCGUGAACCAGAGAUGCUCUUUGCCACUUUCAAGGCAGCCUACCCAGAGUACGAGGGAGGGAUCAGGGACUUUGCCGGCUCAUGCAGUGUACUCAGCAAAAUAUUGGCUUCUGGUCAAGUGCUCCAUCCAUCUCUCUUUGAUGAUGCCAUCUUUCAUCACUAUCAUAGUUACCGAAGAUACCUGAGCGAGGAGGCACUUGAUGUUGCGGUUCCGUUGGCCUUCUAUGACUUCUACAACGACCGCAUUGAAGAGCCUUCACAUGCAAAAAGAAUAGUGACCAGAAAAACUCUCCAGAAUCCAGUCACAGGGGUGCGCGACAACUCUAGGGAUUCGGCGACCAGCAUCGCCCGAGAACGCCCGUCCAUUCAUUGGCCGGAGGCUGCUAAUGUGGAAUCGAGGGCUGAUAAUCGCACGCCUGCCCGCCGGGAAGAUGGACCGUAUACCGAUGCACAUAAGCCAGCCGAUGCCAUCGUGGAGAGAUGGCGUCAGGAUGCCUCGCAGGCGGCCUCCCCAGAGCUCGGAACUCCUGAUGUCGACCGAAGGCUGUCCGACAUCCCAGCUCUCGACAUCUCAGGUGACGGCGACCACACUCCAGCAUUGACGAGGAGUAUGGGUCCUCCAACGACAAAGAAGAAAAGAAGUCUCCCAUGGGACCCGGAAGUCAUGAGUUCAAGGGCACCUGCUAGACGCACCACUUCGUUGCCGUUGGCUCCUAAGAAUCCGAAGAGGCCCAGACCAUCAGCAAGUCCUUUUGUGAAGCCAGCCGGACCUCUCUCGGUGCAAGCCCCAACAUCGAACAGGGAGCUGACAUCACCCGUCGUCCCUAUGCCUCAAACAUGGUGGACAGAUCCGGACACGCCGUUUAAAAGGUUCGUCGAAAGUCAUUCGAAGUUGGAGUCCAGAGGCACACGACAAGAGCUUCACAGGCAGAACGUGGGCCCUCAGGACCCCAACGUGGGAGGAAUUGACGUCUUCUCUUGGAGACGGUGA